AGAAUUCAGAAAAGAAAAUACAGAAGAAAACUUCAGUUGAGGCAUGUUUUACCGACGAAGAACACAACCAAGCUGUUCAACUACAAGCCGUUUCUAUGGCAACAGAAAUUAUUCAACAAACUUGUUUAUUAUUUGUAAUCUGCCGUAUUUUAGCAUUCAUCCGAUACGAUUUUUAUCAGUUCUCUUCAGUGUAUAGUAACAAUGAAUUUCGACCUAGACGAUCCCCUGGAUGGUUUGCUAAGUGAUGGCAGCAAUGAUAGUUUGUUUGGAAAUGAAACAUCCAAAAAACCAACUAAAGCCAGCAAACCCGGUAAAAUGGAGGACUUGUUCGGUAUCAAAACGGACCCAGCAAAAGGUACUUCGAUUCCCAAAGCUGUGGAACAAUCUGGUGCAGCGUCGGAAAAAGUACAACCAGCAUCGUUGGAUUACACGAAACCUUCCAUUUCGAAUACCCAACAACCGUCGAGCUUAACCAGUAUACAGGGCAGGAAACCGGACACCCUGGCUAAUAAGCCCGGUAGCUCUACUGCAUCAAACAAACCCGCUACUCCUCAGAAGAAAGAAAUUUCAUUUGAUGAUAGUGACCUGUUGGCAGAUUUGGGUUUCGAUCCGAAAAAACCCAAAUCCAAAUCCAGCAUUCUUGACGACAUCCUCGGUGGUACAUUAACGGCAUCAACAAAGGAAAUACCACCAAAAAGUGUUAUUGCCAAACCCAGACAAAGCCUUACCACGACGCUAGAAGAACCGUCCAAUACUGGAAAAGUCGUUUCACGCCAAACAACAGAGAAUCCAGACAACCCACAUCCCGAAAGUACAGUUACGGGAAGCUAUGCACCCACUGGCAAUAGUGUUCCAAGUUCCGGUGCAAUGCCAAAGAGAAGUGGACGUCGAAAAUCUUCCGUCUCUAUGCUGAACGAUCCUUUGGGGCUGUUUGGUUCCACCACCUCGGAAGAAAAACCUUCACGCACCGAAACAAAGCAACCAAAGAAGGGAGGCGCUGAUUGGUUGGGGUUGAAUGAUGACACACCACUGAAGGAAAUGGAUUCCAUCGCAGCAACUACAGCAACACUCACCAAGCAACGUGAAUCCAUAACAUCGAAAGUACCAGUUGUUUCUGUUCCUCAACAGCAAGAUAUUUCCGUUGAAGUACCUGUCCUACCAAAGUCAGAUAAAAUUCCAUCGCCUACUAAAACAGUCGUUGUACCUUCUCAACCUAUUAUUCAACCCAAACCAAUAUUGCCCGACCCUCAAACAAUCACCAGCACGCUUCAGUUUGUAGAGGCGGAAGCACAAAGUGCCAUAGCAACGAUGCAGCAGCAAGAGUUUCAACUGUCCGUUGCCAGUCAAAUGAAAUCCCAAGAGCAAGCACUGAUCGAUAUGCAGCAGAAACAACAAACUAUCCUGAAGCGGCAGGAAGCUCAGUUUAACGAACUGCUUCAAAAACAAAUGCAACGCCACACCGCACUGGAAGAUGUCCUUGCAAAACAGCAGCAACGAAUAAAUGCAAACAUUCAACUCAUAAUGAGCCAACCAGCUGCUAUGCCCGUCAUCCCACUUCUGAGCAGCCAAAAUACGGCAGAACACUUCGAAAAUGAUCCCCAAAACGCUUCGGAAAAAAAUCCAAUCGCAACGAUAGAACUGCAAACGGAUGUAAAACGGCUCGAAAUGGAAAAACUUCGACUGGAAGAUAUGAUUUCGAACCUUUCGGCGAACCAUGAACAGGAAUUGUCGAUACUCGAAUCAAGCUACAAAAAACAACUCGCCUUCCUGGAGGACAGUCUUCGUAUCAUGGAAGCAAGGCUAAAGCACGAUAAUAAGCAGCUGGAAGAGUUUUAUCUGGCCAAAAUUAACUUCGCCGAACAAGAGCAACUAAAACUCGUCAAAGAUCACGAAGCAAAGCUACAAUCGAUGGAAGAUCAGCACCGCAAAGUGAUCGAACAACUUAAACAAGGAUACGAAGAAAGUCUUGAACAGUUACGUCAGGAUCAUCGCGAAAUGAUCGGUACCAUACGCGAAUCGAAAAUGCUUGAAUUUUCCGUCGUACAGGAAAAUCAAUCCUAUCUGAACACGCUCAAAAGUGCUUCUAGCUAUCUAGAGAAUGCAUCCGGAGAUCUACAGCAGCUGCGAGAUACGUUGCAAGAUCAAAUCGAAUUUUCACAGAAGGAAAAAGAGCUCCUGUUGAAGCAACGCGAAAAACAACUCGAGGAUCAGCAUAGGCUUCUCGAGCGCACCCGAGAGGCGACUGCCGAAGAAAACGUCCGAUUGCUUAACUUGGUGGAAAUGCUCGAGGGCAAAGUUACCGAGAUGACGAAGAUAUCGUCCGAAGAGCGAUGGGAACAUCAGCAGAAGUGUAUCAAGUUAGAAGCAGAACGGCAAAGUUUGGACAAAGAAAAGCACUUUCUUCGCGAACGCCACGAACGUGAGGAAACUCGUAUCGCUGAACUGAAGCGCACACAGUUAGAAGAACACGCUCGUCUGAUGGAUAAAGUGACACAAGAACGGCAGAUGCUGUUGGAGGAGAAAGCCAAGCUGGAAACUAUGGCUCAACUGACGUCCGGUGCUGGGUCUGGCCAUGGUUCCGGUACAUCCCGGGCUGAAGUGGAUGCCGCUCUGAAAGUGGCCGAAGAAGCUGCUCGUCUAGCCGACACCGAGAAAGAGCGCUACCUUCACCUGCAGCGUCAGCUCGAAUCGAAACGCCGUGAGAUGCAGACGCGUGAAAGUAAACUGCGUGAAGCUAAAGAUGAAUUAGAGACCGCUAUUGAUAGAGCUUCCCAAAGGGAGCGGCACGCGGAAACCGUCUACCGUAGUCUUCGCAAGUCGGAGCAAAACAUACAGCUCAAGGUGCAAUUAAUACAGCGACAGUUUCUUGAGGUAUCCGAACGGGAAGAUCGACUAGCGAAGGAAAAGAUCGAAUUCAGUAAGGAACGGUUGGAGCUUCAGGCCGCUAGAAGGAAGCUGCUUCAGACACGCUGCAGCCUAUGCAAGAUCGGCGAUAAGUCACAGGAAAUUGGUGAUCUGCUCACAACCAAUACGGAUUCCGUGGCUGACGAUUUGAAGCUCGAGGCUAACUUUGUGGAAAUGCAAAAUCGGUUGGAUUGCACGGGUCUGAAGUUGGAUAACUUUUUCGACAGUGAGGUUGAUCGUCAAAUGAAGCUUUUCCUUGAACGUAACCAGGUGGAUCAGGGAGAUGAUUUGGAUUUGACGGACAACCAAAGAAGACAUCGAGAAAUUGAUCGUGAUUUGGCUCUGCUGAAUUUUGAUGCUCUUUUUCCGAAGCUUCGAUCGGAUGAGGGUCAAGGAAGUAAUGCUACACACACUUUACCUUCGUAA